GUUCCUUAGUAAAAAAGGUUAUGAAGGGUUGGCGCUGUUUUCGUAUUCGAAUAACGAAUUCCAUAUUAUUUCUUGCCAAUAAAUUUGCCAAAGCGGCUUAAAAUAAUUCAUGCACAGGCUUCUUCGUCAAGAUUUCCGAUUUAAUCGUUGCCGUUUCGUGGGUCUCGCACGGCUUCGUGAUUCGCGUGCCAUCUCUAAUAAUAUUGCAGUGGAUUGGAUAUUUAAUAAAUUUAAUAUAUUGUUAUAUUCUGUCUGACGUGCCUUGACGUGCCAAACUCAUGGAUAACAAGUCAGCCGUAUCUGCUCUACAUGAGUUUUGUGCAAAGACAAACAAUACUCCCCCAACAUACCAUUUUAUUAACGGCGAAGACGGAGGUUUCGUUUGUAAAGUAGAACUAUUGGAGAUAGAGGCCCUUGGAAAUGGGCGUUCGAAGCGCGACGCCAAGCACCUGGCUGCCGCCAAUAUCAUGCGUAAAAUACAAAUUCUGCCCGGCAUGCAGAGCAUGACGCAGGAUUUGUCGUUGGGUGAUCUGGGUGAGGAAAUGACCAACCUAAACCGGGACAUGCUGAAGGAGCUGCGAGACUACUGCGUCCGCCACGACAUGCCACUGCCCUGCAUUGAGGUAGUGCAGCAAAGCGGCACCCCGAGCGCCCCGGAAUUCGUGGCCUGUUGCUCCGUGGCCUCCAUUGUUCGCUACGGAAAGUCGGACAAAAAGAAGGAUGCCCGUCAGCGAGCGGCCAUUGAAAUGCUGGCCUUAAUCUCCAGCAACUCGCACAAUUUGCGUCCGGAUCAAUUGCAAGUAGCGAGCACAAACAAAUUCAAAGGUGCUGAUAUAGAAGAAACUAUGGAGCAAUUGGAGGCAUCGCGCAGAAAGAAAUUCAACAGCUACUGGGAGUUAAAGGAAGAAGGGAACGUAGACCAUACAGGAGUGCGCCUCUGCGACCGACACAACUACUUCAAGAGCUUCUAUCCUGCCCUGAAAAAGGUGGCUCUUGAGGCCAUCCAUUCAGAUGAAUACGAGAGCUCCAAGGAUAAGGCUAUGACCGUACUGAGCGCUUUAAAGAUAACACCCAAAAUCAGUGAAGUGGCAUCUACAUCGGCGGUUCCCUUGCUUAGCGUCGAGCUUAAUUGUGAUUUCGAUGUGGUCCUUAUAGAGAAUGAGAUCAAUAUAUACGACCAUAUAAUAGACUAUUUUCGCACCAUGUUGGUUUAAUGUGUAUAACAUUUAUUCAACUAUUCUGGCUUAAAACUAGGUAAACUCGUUUUAUUUACACUCUAGAAUGCACAUAUUUCAUUAAAUCGUACGGUUAAUACAAAAUUAUUUCUUCAAGGUCUUUUAGUAAACAUCUAUGUUAACUUUGUACACGAUUGAUAGGUCUAAAAAAUCCAAGCAAAUAACUAAGGGAAGUGGGUAAAACAACAAAAGCUUAACACAUACUUUCCGAUGCCUAUACCAAUGUUAAUCCUAUUAAAAUUUAAAGUAUUUAUUCGGUCUUAACUUAUUGUUUGUAACAACUGAUUGUUAAAUUACAUACAUAUGUAUUGCACAGUGAAAUUACAAAUAUUGUACAUUUGCUUUUAAAAGGAAAGCUAGUAAUCAAAGAUUUAUUUGAAACUAAUAUUUUAAAUAAUUUCACUGUAAGGCUAGCUGGCAAAAAUGCUGCAUUUUUUUUUACAAGUACAACUUUUAUAGUCUAAAAUAAAUAAAGUGCUUCGUAGUCUUCCGCA